AUGACGGCGACAAGCCUAGUGAUGCAAAACCGGCGGGGCAAUAAUGCCUCCGCAAAGCGCACCUUGCGACUUCCCAUCAUUGCACCCAAGGAGGAAAUCAUCGAUACAACGGCCUUCAGCAAAGCCGUCGACAAGGCCAAUUUGAUCGCUCCCCGCAUCCGCCUGCCGCCGCGCUCGAGGACGGGUUGCUGGACGUGUCGGCAAUGUGCUCGACUAGGUCACAUCUGCGACUACCGACCGCGACUCGCCUUCCGCGAUGAUACUCCGCGUAUCAUGGGUCGCAUGGCAGACGUGCAAACAGCGGGCAAUAUUGUCUGGGAUCUUACCUCCCCUACUCCCAGCGAAGACCGAUCAGAUUAUUUCUGCUUGGGCGACGAUUCGCUCCCGCCCUUUGCGCUACUCACGACGGAUGAGGAGCGGGAAAGGAAAGCAGAGGCUACCAGCCCGGGAACAUACCAUGUGGUGGUCGUCCCGGACAGUUUCUCUACUCUGCCAGAGUAUGCAGACGAUGGCACAGAGAGGACGAAACCAAGAUCCUCGGGUGAAUCCCAGCGAUCUGCCGACAUCAGCCCCCUCAGUCUCAAUCUCAAUGGACUCAAAGGCGAGAACGUGUCAAACGAUGACCCCAACUUGGUCAUCUUGAAGACCUUUGAAGAUGCCACGCGGCGCUCGUCGUCCAUCGGCCGAGUCUCGCGAGUCUCACCCACUUCGGAGAUCUCCGAUCCCCUCUGCUCUCUCUCCUUGUCGCCUAUAUUCGCGUCUCUCCCCUCAGAGGGUGAUAUCGAGGACGAUAUUAAACCUCAACUGUUCGGGGAUCUAGUCAUUGACCCGCACAAUGACUAUUAUAAUGAAGAUGCAAUGCUCUUCGCCCACUUCCGCGACGUGGUAUGGAGACAAUUGUUUCCGACUGCUCAUGGGGUGGGCGAUCCGCACUGGUCUGAGGGCCAUGGAUCGACCUUGAGCGCGGAUUUGAUCGAGCGAGAAGCAGCUCAUUUCCCUCCCCUUUCUCACGCAAUCAGAGCUGUGUCGGCCCUCAGUCUGUCGCUCACUGGUGCAGUCCAGAAUCUUGACGCGCUGCAGUACUACCAGCAAGCCUUCCCAUCGCUCCAGACCAGCUUGCGGAAUAAUGACGAUCUCAUCUCGGAUGGGCUGUUCCUGACCCACUUCCUGCUUCUGAUCUACGAAGUCGCAGCCUCCGAGCCUCACGGUUCUAACCUCUGGUCCCACCAUAUCUCCCGAUUACUCCACAUCUCUUUUCUCCGGCGGGAUAGGUUUGGAAGAGAGCCGCACCCCUUCGUGCUCUGGUGGGUCUGUCAUAUCGACUUGUAUGCUCUACUUAGCGGGGCUGGGACGGGCGAGUUUGUGCGAGCCGUCAUCGAUCACCAUAUGCUUCCGAGCUCCGAUUGCCUCCUCUCCCCUUCGGCGCCGGAGGGAUAUAGUGUGAUCUAUGGCGACGAGAGCAAUAGUUUGUCUACUCUCAUGCGCCUAUACUACGACUCAUUUAUGCUCGCUGCUCGACUUGGGUUCUUGGCUGCUCGGCUCCGCCAGGAUAAGCAAAACCUGCCAUAUGCGGACUUUAAUCCUCGGUCGGAGGAGCUUUGCCAAUUACGACAGUCCUUUGGACGGCUCUGGGAGGCGCCUGACGUUGCUUUUUGCCAUCGGCAUCAAGACAGCCUUCCCGCCCGAUCUCGGGAUUUGAUGCAGCAGUCGAUUGCGCUCUUCCAUGUCUGCCACUUGUUUUCCUACAGCAGCAUGUGGCCCGCGCAGCGUCUGGAGUCCGAGUUCGCGACAGACGGCGAGAUCGACCAUCACGCCUCGGAGAUCUUGCGCAUCGCCGAGCAAGCCGCACACUCUCAGCGGGCCGAUCGGAGAUUUUUGAUCUUCCCGCUAUUCCUGGCCGGUGCAACUGCGUCCGCCAGCGGACUGAAGAUGAUGGCGAUGGAGUUGAUGAGCAGCAUGGAAGAAGAGGAAGAGAUCGGCCGGAACGCGGCGACCACGCGCGCCAUCCUCCAGGUGGUCUAUGAGCGACAACUCGAGCGACUGAUGCGUGUGGGCCACACGAUGGAUGUCGACUGGGUGGAGCUGAUGGCCCAGGAACGACUUCAUAUGGUGAACUUUGGAUUUUAA